GUCCAGGAUUUGAGUUACAUUAAAGGUGGAAACAGUCUUCUAUAACAUCACAAAGACUUGGUCUACAUGUUUUGAGAUCCACUGUAACAGACUGGGACAUUAAGGUCAUCAAACAUGCACAUUUGUCCUUAAAUUCCUUUGGCAGGACUGCAUCCCAGCAUAGAAGACCAUUCAUUUUGCUCUCAAACACUGCUUUAACUCUUACCUUGAGGCUUGUUAAACUUUAAUCUGCAGUGAAUGUGUGUAACCCACCCAUGGUCUUUUAACAGCAAUGAUAUUUAUGGAAUUUUUUAAAAAAAAGUACUUUUUGACUCCUUUGCUAAAACUUAUCUCUACCUGCUCUUCUUAUAAACAGAAUCAUGAGAAUUUACCCACAGUCAGCGGUGCAUCCAUCUAUCCCUUUGUUUCUCACAACUGAUAGUGUAGACAGAGUUAAUAUUAACAACCUUUGACCACUGGCAAUGUGCCUCUGAUUGUUCUCCAGAGUGAUGUGACAGUUUUUUUUUUUUCUUUUUAGUUCUCACUCUGCAGAACUAAAGCCAUUCGUCCUGAAAAGCCUUGAUUGGUGAGUGGAGCUUUUUGAAAUGGGGUUUAAAACAAAUGUGGCCAUAGCUGCCGGUUUCCUUUUAGCAGCUAUUGUAAUUGUGGUUCCGCUGGCAGCUCUUCUUUCUCCUCGCACCGCUCAGUUCAGGGCAACAUUCAGGCAGAAAUGUGAAUCUUUCCCAGAGACGAGCGAAAGAUGCGAACAUGUAUUAAGUACUUUUGAGAAAGCCUAUGUGGGGAAGGACUCGUGUAACUUUCCAGGGGAAGCCUAUCAUCAGCUCUUAACGGAGAACCCCUUCACACAUCCAUGUGGCAAAGUAAACAGCACUGGUUAUAAAACUGUGCCCAUAAUGUCCGGGCUUGACCUAAGCCUAUUAAAGUUUUUCAUGUCGUUCCGGGUUCAGACGAUGUUCUGGAGCGGCACAAAAGGUCUAGUGCAUGACUUCACUAAGAGGAAGGAUCAUUUCGUCACCCUGGAGGACACCCUGUUAGGGCACAUAAUGAAUGACCUGACGUGGUGUGGGAAGAAGGGCAGCAAUGACACCUUCAUCUACAUGUGUGAAGAGUGCAGAAUCAACACUGUGUCUUCAUUCUGGGCCAUAGCCUCUGAAGAGUUUGCAAAUUAUACCUGUGGCCCUGCCAGUGUUAUGCUGAAUGGAGAGAGAAGCAAACCAUUUGAUCCCACCAGUUACUUCGGAGCCAUUGAAGUUAGGAGGCUUAUGUAUCCCAUAGUGCAGAGCCUGACUGUUAUUCUUGUUACCAAGAACAAUAAAGUAGAUUGUAGCCAUGAGUCUCUGCAGGUGUUACGAAACGUUCUGGAUCCGAAAGUUACUUUGUCCUGCCGUUCUGUUACUGAAUCCAGGAUACGGAAAUGCAUAGAAAUGGGAACAACCACUGAAGCCUGUUGGAGUUAAAACACAUAUACUCUGUGAAAAUAAAAUGUCAAUUUUAGUUUCAUUUAUUUGCUAACAAAAGGCUUUACAUCAUAACAACAUGUAAUACUGUAUGUAGACCAGAGCAGCAAAAACACACUAAAGGCCUAACAUGAAAAUUAAGUAUUUCAAAUGUUUUGCAAAAGUUGCAAUAGAGCACCCAUGAAAUUUUGAAAACACCCUCAUCAUUUACCUUCUUUUAUUGUACGGGUAUAGCAUUUGGUACACUUGUAGAACUUCCCAAGACCUACCAAAAGCAAAAACAUCCAUGCUCUACAACAAACAGGAAGUCAGCCAUCUUGGCCUGAUUUCUUCCUGUUUUCACUCAGUUUUGGCCAUUUGUAGCCUCUGUAUUUAAUCAAAUUCCUCCAAGAGAUUUGGAUCAAUUAGUUUGAAAUUUGGCAAGUUCGCUCAGGAAGUCAUGAGGGAGUUCAUGGAAGAGUAGUAAGAUGGUUGAAUUGUUGAAAGAAAACCAUAAGAAGUCCCUUGAGCAGUUUGCCACAACCCAUGUAGGUCUGAGGCUAAGCCAUGGGAAAAGACCAGGACUGAACAACAAAUAGAGUCAAAAAGAGACUGGUAAAACUUGAAUCCCAGAAUGCACAGCAUUGACCAUUUUCAUGACAACUAUCAGGAAGGAGGUGUUAUAUAGUCAAAAUCCCUUUGACUACAUUGAGCUACAAUACUCUGGCACGCAGUGGUGUUUUUUCUCCUUUGCCUGCAGCUCUACAGGUUGCAUAAAAAAAUAAUGUCACCAACAUAGUUUUUCUUCCACUAACCUGAGAGAAGGUAUUACAAACGGCAGCUCCACAUGCCUCCAUGGGUGCCAUUUGUAAAGUUACAUAGUGAAAAGUCUUUUUUCUAAGUCACAUUUUCACCAUGUCAUUACUACAUUCAUAAAUGCCAGUUCCAAACUGAAUAUUUAAUUAGCAAGUUUAAUAUUUAGCUCUGAACUAAAUAUUUAGCUUGCUAACUAAAUUUUUAGCAAAUAUGCAAAUUCACUUGCCAAUCAGCCAUACGUUGAUAGUAAAACAAGUUACAUGAGGGACAAGAGAAGCAAUUCAGUCUCGCCAGCAGCAGGGAUUUAUUUAGAGAUUUGUAAGAUCCAGCUUUUGUUUUGGUAGUCCAUUUCCACUUAUUGGCA